AUUAAUAGCCUUUUUUAUGGCGGCAUCAUUAAGUGGAAUAUCAACAUAAUCGAAAAAGAUACAUGAAUUUUAAUAGAGAAGAAUAAAUGCACAAGCGAUUGCCUGGCUAACUGAUGAAUUGCCAGUUAAUAUAAUUUACACGUGUGUGUGUAUGCGAAUACUUAGCACUAGUGAAUCCUCUACUAACUCGGUUGUGGCAAUCGAAUUUGUCUCGUACGAUAUUUUUCCAGCUGUAACGUCACAGAUCAUACGUCGCCCGCCUCAGCAUCAGCCGUUCUGCUUAUCAUUGAAAUAGACUAUAGCGGCGCAAUUACUAAAAAAACAUUCAAUUGUUGAAUAUGAACGAUUUUUUGCAUAUACAUAAGUAAGUAAACAUGCAUGUCGGCAAUUAGAGCGAUCGUGUGAUUCUACUAUUUAAAAAGUACAAUACUAAGAAGAAUCAAAAGAAAAACAAGCACAUACAUACAUAUGUAUGCACUGAAGAAAUAUAUAAAAACAUAAAAAAACCAAAAACUUAAACCUACAGUUAAGGCACUAAAAUGCUGGCUUCAGUGCUUAACUUUGUGCAAGGUGCUGUGGAAAUGUCCACCAUCGGUUGUGUCGAGGUAGCUUCUGUGGUUCUCGUCGUCUACUAUAUCUACGCCAAAACAAGAGCUCUUGAUAUCUUAGCCAAUCUGUUUCCUUUUUUGAAAUUGAAUAUUGAUUAUCGGCCAUCGAUGGUAAAGUUGAAUUCUAUGGGUAAUGAACUCCUAACAACGCUGCGUAGCAAUGUCAAAGAGGAAACAAAGCAACCAAAUGCGUUAACACACGCCCAGGGUACAAACAACUUGCUGGAGUUGACUCCACAUGCCGGCCGGAAACCGUAUCAUUCAAUGUUUGACUGGGGUGUUUACUUUCCGUUUGUUGCACAAUGCUUGCGCAUAAAACGGUUUGAAUAUCCACAGGUUUCCGGUGCUGUUCAAGAUGAUCCAAUGCUACAGCGUGCGAUUAAGCAAGCUGCUGAACAGAUUGUGCGUGAACAGAGGAUUGAGUCUCAUAAAACUUUUAAUUUAAAUGGUGAAACAAGCGAUGUAGAGGAAGAGGCUAAAAAUUACCAAGAAAUCCUGCUAAGCCAAGAGCACCGUGCCAAAAAAAUAUUAACGAACAUGCGAUCUACGCUUAACCACUACCUUAUAAUGCUAACUUCGUGGCUGCUCUACAAACUACUUCCAUGCUUUCUGUCUGGCGUCGUUACACACACAAGGCAAAUAGAAACAUUGAAAAAGGCAUCAGAACGCGCACCAGGCAUCCCAUUGAUAUUUCUGCCAUUGCAUCGCAGUCAUCUUGAUUACAUAAUGGUUACAUUUAUUUUGACAAAUAAUGAUAUACGUAGCCCUUUAGUAGCCGCCGGAGACAACUUGCAAAUUCCCGUAUUUGGUGGGCUUUUACGUGGGCUUGGAGCUUUCUUCAUUAAACGAAAAAUUGAUCCUGUUGUCGGGAAAAAAGACAUUCUCUAUCGCGCAAUUUUACAACAGUAUCUGCAACAUGCACUAAAAAUGUCCCACAAUGUGGAGUUCUUUAUCGAGGGUGGUCGCACACGAACUGGCAAACCUUGUAUGCCUAAAGGAGGUAUAUUAUCGGUGAUUGUGAACGCCUUUAUGGACCGGAGUAUUCCAGAUGCACUGUUGGUACCUGUGUCCGUUAACUAUGAACGUCUUGUAGAUGGAAAUUUUGUGCGGGAGCAAAAAGGAGAAAAAAAAGUACCAGAGUCCUUCUGGAAAGCAAUGGCAGGAAUUUGGAAGACUCUGCACUCGAAAUACGGUCUUAUGCGCAUCGAUUUCAACGAACCCUACUCUAUUAAGGAACUCGUUCAAUCUUAUAACAAAAUUGCCACAGACAAUAACCAUUUCAAAGUGUACAAUCCCUCUGAACGGACUUUACAGCAUAAUCAGUCAACAUCAUCAUUGUAUGGAACUGAUGUGGUUUGCGAAGAACACCGUACACUAAUCGAGAGCAUUUCACGAGAAGUUGUGUUCGAUUGCGCUGCGGCUACAUCGGUCAUGUCAACGAAUGCACUGGCAUUUUUAAUGCUAACUCGUUUUCGUACCGGCGCACAAGUAACCGAUAUUGCGCAAGCCUUAGAUUCACUCCGUGAUCGUUUAAAAGGCCGUAAAGACAUGGCUUUCGCAGGAGAUUCCCUGCAUAUAGUCAAGUACUCAUGUGAUUUAUUGGGUGAAGCGUUAAUAACGCGUACGCAGGAUGAACGCGGACAAAUUUACUUUCAACCUGUACAAAGUAUCGAGAGUCUAAUUGAGUUGUCUUACUAUUCAAAUAUGCUGACACCAUAUUUUGCCCUGCAAUCUGUACUGAUGAUAACCUUUCAUGAAUUAUUGCCGAAGCCAGUGGCCGGAAAGUCAAAUGGAAAUGACCACGACCAAUCUAAUAUGCCGGGAGUUUCAAGGAAAAAUGUCAUUGAUGCUGCUUUAGCAAACUGUGAUGUACUGCGUUAUGAAUUCAUUUUGCAUAAACCAACUCAAGUGUUAAGCAACCUUUUAGAGGUCUCAUUAGAUGAACUGAUUGUAAAUGGGUUGAUAAAAUUGCCUGAUAUAAAAGAAGAACCUGAUAGUAAUGUCGAAAGUCGUAAAAUAGCUCGCAAUAUUGCUGCUUACUUAGACGACACAGAUGACUCAGAAUAUGGGACGGACGAGGUUUACAAUGAAAGUGAACAGCCUGAUAUAUUUUUGGCGCACGAUACACUGACUGAACAGAAAGCGCUUUGUGAAGUUUUGGCGCCGUUUAGUCACACAUACCUCUCGGCGGCUCAAUCACUUAGUAUUCUGUACAAAAAUCCUAUGCUCGAAUCUGAAUUUAUUAAAUUUGUUAUUAAUGACAUUUCGAAUAAAGUAAAAAGUGGCGCUUGUCCUUAUGCUGAAAGUGUUUCAACCGACUCGGUGCGAAAUUGUUUAAAAUUGUUGGAGAAGUGGUCGGUUUUGGAGAUUUGUAAUGACCACGGUUUGCGACUUUUGACACUCGGGACGUUGUAUGAUACAUCGAAGGAAUCCAUUAAGACAAUCGUUGGAAGAAUAGCUAAAAUUGUUCCAUCGAAAACAGGAUACUUGCCGUUUUAAAUAACAAACCAAGAAAUUGCCAAAGAAAAUGUGGCCCACUUUUAGAAUUGUAGUUGCCCUUUUCUUCUGCUUAACAACAACGAAUCUCCAUAUACUCAUACAUAGUUGUUGGCAGUUUAAAUGAAAUAAUUCAACGCAACGUAAUCCAAAAACUAACAACAAAAUAAAUGAAUUUAUUGACUGAAUAGCUUAGCUUAGAAGAAAACAAUGUAAUAAAGUGACUAUUCGAAAUAGUUUGAAAUAUAACAAAAAAAAAAAACCAUGUCACAUGGAUCAUUAAACGGUAAUUUUAGAUAUUUUAAACUAAAAAAUGUACAAAUUGAGAUUAGUUAAGCCGUGGUUCUUAACAUUUCUAGUGACAUUAUUCAUAAAAAUGGCCUUGUGGCAAACUAAAUUUUUUUAAUAAAACAACUUUAGAUGCGUAAGGUUCUGUAAAAAAUAAGAGUGAAAAUAAAACAAUUUUUUACGAAAGCAUUUCUACAGAACUUAA